UCGAAAUAAUUUAGGUUCUUUUUUUUCUCAUGUCGGCAACUUGUUUUGAUCGACUGUCGCAAUGAAGUUAAAUAUAUCCUGCCCGGCCACUGGCUGCCAAAAAUUGAUUGAGGUUGACGAUGAAAGGAAACUUAGAGCUUUUUAUGACAAGAGAUUGACUGCCGAAGUUAAUGCAGAAUGCCUCGGAGAUGAAUGGAAAGGCUAUGUUGUUCGCAUCUCUGGUGGAAAUGAUAAGCAAGGAUUCCCGAUGAAGCAAGGAGUUUUGACUAAUGGAAGAGUUCGUUUGCUCCUUAAAGAUGGCCACUCUUGCUACAGAAUGAGAAGAAGUGGUGAAAGAAGAAGAAAGUCUGUUCGUGGGUGCAUUGUUGAUGCUAAUCUCAGUGUUCUCAGCUUGGUCAUCAUCAAAAAAGGAGAACAAGAGAUCCCUGGAUUGACUGAUACCACAAUUCCUCGUCGUCUUGGACCAAAAAGAGCUUCCAAAAUCAGAAAGUUAUUUAAUUUGGAUAAAAAAGAUGAUGUUAGACAAUAUGUGGUCAGGAGACCAUUGCCUGUCAAAGAAGGAAAGAAACCUGUGUUCAGAGCACCAAAAAUACAAAGAUUGGUGACUCCACUGGUUCUGCAAAGGAAACGUCAUCGUUUGGCUUUGAAGAGAAAGAGGAUCAUUAAGAGGAGAGAAGAUAAGGCUGAGUACCAGAAAUUGUUGGCACAGCGUAUCAAGGAAGCCAAAGAAAGAAAGAUGGAAAGAAGAAGGUCUGCUUCCCAUUCGAAGAGCUCAGUCAGCAGAACAGAAUCAGUAUCAUCUGCCCCAGCUCCCAAAGUUGUUUCCAAGCCGGCACCUGCUGCCCCUGUUCCAGCUGCCUCAGCUAAAGCAGCCAAGCCAGCUGCCACUAAGGCAGCUGCACCUAAACCGGCCACAGAAUCAGGAAAGUCAAAAAAGGCCAAGAAAUAGUUAAAAAAACUGACAAUUAUUGAAUGCGUUGAUAUUUUUUGAUCAAUAAAAUUAUCAACAUUUGAUUAAAAUUUUGGUGUAGAUUACAUAUUCACAAGGGUUUACUCUUUGUUUUUUUUCUUGACGUUUUCACGAAUUUUCAGUCUUACAUAGAUUAAGGAAAAAUGUGGGUGGCAGUUUGGUUGUGAGCUCACUUGCUGGAUCGGCAGUGUGACUGGGUUCGAAUGACAAAAUUGUCUACACCU